AUGAAGAUGCAUCAAAUAAAUGUCCUUGAUGUCAAACUUUGGACUAGGAAAAUGGAGAGCCUAGAUCUGUUGAGGAAUUGUUUGGUGUGCAAAUGGGAACUAAAGAGAAGAGACCCCAGACUGCUGCCUUGUCUUCACUCCUUUUGUAAGGACUGUCUUCCAGAUUUGAUUCAAGGAUACAAUUACACUCCAACUGAGCAUGAAGUUAUGUAUGAAGGUAUCCUCUCAUGCCCUGUGUGCAAACAGACGUGCUUCGCAGGGGAUGUAGUUGAAAAUUUCUUUCUCAAGGACUUUCCCACAGCAAAUCCAGCUAUGGCAAGGGGCUGUUCUGCGUGUAAAGAGAAGAGACCUGCUCACAGUCUGUGUACUAACUGCAAUAAGUGGCUGUGCAGCUCAUGUACAGAGGAACACAGACAUGGCAAGGAAACUGGAGACCAUUUCCUGUCUGUCCCCCUGAAGGGCUCUUCAGGAACUGAAGGGGGAACAAAUGAGUUUUCCUUGUUUUGUCCAAUCCACUGUCAAGAGAGCCUUAAACUGUUUUGUGAGACCUGUGAUGUCCUUACUUGCCGCAACUGCCUUCUGACCGAACACAAGGAACACAGGUUCAUGCAUCUUGAAGAGGCUUUGCAAAAUCAGAGGGUUAUCCUAGAAAAUGUAACAGCCAAAGUGGAAGAGAGAAAAACUGGGAUGCAGGUCUCAGCUAAACAGAUUGAAGACAGGUUAUUUGAAGUAAAACAUUUGCACAGAAAAGUGGAAAAUCAGAUCAAAAUGGCCAAGAUGGUUUUGAUGAAUGAAAUCAAUAAACGAACAAAUGCCCUUCUAGAGCAACUUGAGAGAAUUACCAGCGAGAGGAAACAGAAGUUGGAGCAACAACUUCAAGGCAUCAUGGUUUUAAACAGGCAGUUUGAACACGUGCAGAACUUUAUCAACUGGGCAGUGUGCAGUAAAAACAGCAUUCCAUUCCUCUUCAGUAAGGAACUGAUUGUGUUUCAGAUACAGCAUUUGCUGGAGACAAAUUGUAGCACAGAAGUAGGCCCUCCUUGGAAGAUCAGAUUCACUUGGGACCCUUCUUUCUGGACUAAACAACUGUCCAAUUUAGGUAGCUUAACAAUGGAAGGUGGACACACUCCUCAUUCAGAUGUCCCAACCUAUGGAAAUAUACAAGGACUACAGACAUCAAUGUAUCAUGGACAACAUUCGCCAGCGCCACAGCUUGAGGCUAUCAAUAACCAGUCACAUCAGUUUCCACCUCCUGUUCAGUCUCCUACACCAGUGUGUUGCUCCCAUUGCUUCAACAUUCCUCACAUGAAUAAGGGUCAGCGUCCUCAGCACCAUAUGAGCCAUCAUCAGAAUUUUAGACAACCUCUUGAAAUGCAGCAGCAGCCGCCACCGCAUUUUCCACUGCAAUAUAACGUUCAGCAGCAUGAAAAAGAGCAGAGGGGCACACCUCAGCCUUUGAAAAUAAUGCAGCCUUGUCUAGAGCAGCCAUCCCAUUCAGAGCAAGAUAAUGUAUCUGUAAGGAUGGGAAAACAUUUGCAAGCUCAGCAGCCACAGCAGACUCCACAUCCAGUUUACACGGUUCCCCCACAAGAUAUUCAUCAGGUUCACUCUGGUCAUGUGCAACAAUUGCACACACAGCCUGCUUUGCAAACUCCAACUGUGCAAGUGCAGCUUGGUCAUCUUCAGAAGCUGAAGCUUAACCACAUGCAGCAGCAGCAACCACAUCCACCGCCUCCCACGACAAGUCAGAAUGAAAACGCUCAUGAACAAGUCAUACAACAGAGUCUGGACAUAAUGCACCACCAAUUUGAACUGGAAGAAAUGAAAAAGGAUUUGGAGCUUCUCCUUCAGGCUCAAGGACAACCAAGCUUGCAGCUGAAUCAAGCCAAACAGCCUCAGCAUGUUCAGCAAACCAUUGUUGGACAGAUAAACUACAUAGUGAGGCAACCAGCCCCAGUUCAACAGCAAAUCCAAGAUGAAGUGCAACAAGUUUGUGAGGAUUCUGCUGAACUAGAAAGCGAAAAGCCGGUGCUUCCUCUUGAUAGAAAUGUUAUUCCACCUCCGUCACAACCAUUAGCUGAAGAAACCAGCAGUCCCUCCCCAGAGAGCACUGUGCAACACCCCUCUUUGAAUCCAGUGAGGAAGCAUUCGGCUUCACUGAACAUUGUGGGCUUUUCAAAUCCUUUAGAAAUGGAACCGUCUUCUACAAGGUUAUCUAGGUCGGUUGAUCCACAGAUGCAAGGUGUAUCUACUGUAACGCUUAACCAAUCCCAGAACAUGCUUCAUGCCUCUGAUGUUCAGCCAGAAUCUGUGCCUAGCUAUAGCUUGGCAUUAGACAGCUCUACAAAUGACCUGAACCCUUGGACAACUGAUAACCUAGCAACAGGUGAUUUACUCCUGGGGAACACUAAGUGCAAGCUGGAAAAUGAAGAUUUUAGUACCAUGAAUGACCCUCUUGGAAAUGACUCAGCCACUGCUGGACCGAACACCAUUAAUGAAUUAGCUCUUCCUAUGCAAAAAAUGCUAGAAGAGCCUAUUAAUCUUUCAGUCAAGAAAUCGCAACAGUGUGCCUCUCUUUCUGCACCCAUCAGCGGUGCUGCUUGCCUGCAGUUGACCAGUGUAAAACAACUUAGAAAUGAAGAAGAGUCCAGUAAUUAUGAAAAGGAACAUAUUGAGAUGGAUGUAAAAAGUAAUCAGAACAUCAGAGCUUAUACUAAAGAGCUGAAGAUCCCCUAUGUGCGAUUGGAACGCCUGAAAAUAUGUGCAUCAGAAUCUGGGGAGCUUCCAGUGUUCAAACUGCAGCCCCAGAAGGAUGACCAAGAUGAGACUUUCCUUCUGAUAAUUGAAUGUGGUACCCAGUCUUCAAGUAUGGCUAUAAAAGUCAAUCAAGAUAGUCCACCUGAAGGACCGAUUCCCACAUACGAAGAUAGGAAGUUCCCCAUCAGCCACCCAGCAGGACAGGAACCGUCUGCUUUUGUAGAUAUCCCUCCUGUUGAUCACAAGCUUAGCAAUGGGAAUGGCAUCCCCAGCAUGAAAAAGUCUCUGCUCGCUCAGGAAGCCGAUCCAAUUGAGAACGAGGAUUUCUGUGCUGUUUGUCUGAAUGGAGGAGAACUGUUGUGUUGUGAUCACUGCCCCAAAGUGUUCCAUCUCUCAUGCCAUGUUCCAGCUCUGCUCAGCUUCCCAGUGGGAGAAUGGGUGUGUACACUCUGCCGUAACCUGUUGAAGCCCGAGGUAGAGUACGACUGCGAAAACACACGCCACAGCCGUUGUAACAAAGGGGAUAGAGCACUGCAUGGCCUUGAUGACCUUGACCAGAAGAAAUGUGAAAAGUUGGUGCUUGCCUUGUUCUGCAGUAGCCUGAGCCUUCCAUUCCAUGAGCCUGUCAGUCCACUGGCUCGUCAUUAUUACCAGAUAAUCAAAAGGCCCAUGGAUCUGUCAAUCAUGCGGAAAAAACUCCAAAAGAAGGACAAAUCACACUAUUCUGCACCAGAGGAGCUGGUAGCUGAUGUGCGUCUCAUGUUCUGGAACUGUGCAAAGUUCAAUUAUCCAGAUUCAGAGGUUGCAGAGGCUGGACGAUGCCUGGAAGUGUUCUUUGAGGGCAAGCUGAAGGACAUUUAUCCAGACAAGCAUUUUCCUUUGAUGCAACAAGAAGACUCUGAUUCUGAAGAGGUGGAGAGGGAGAAUAGCCAAAUGGCCCCCAAAGGGUUCCCAUGGCCAUCCUAUGGACAGGAGUGCAUUCAGCCUAAAAGGAGGCGGCGCCAUGCUGAAAGUGAAAAAACUAAAAGAACGAUGUUUCAGCCAGCUAACAGCCUGCCUCAGGUGUGACCUGCCAGAGUGCUACUGGAUUUUCUAUGAGGAACCAAACACCUAGCAAAAUAACUGACAGAGUUAAGGUGUGUGGGAGGAAAACAAAGAAAACAUUUGGGUUGUUAAACUAAAACAUUUAUCAUCUGCUGACCACCAGCCUUACUCAAAGACUUGGGGGGAUGAUUAAGAGAUCUGAGCAUUUUUAAUCUACCCAGUACUCUGCCUAUCUAAUCGCUUGUAUGUUUGCAGCAUUUACACUGAAGUACUAAUGUUAUGGUGACAUAUAAUGAUGAUUAAUAAUAAAAGUAGGAUGUUAAUAAUCUAUAAUACUUCUGUACAAUUUCAUAAUCUAUUUAAUACAGUCCUUCAUUUUAUAGAGCACAGCUAACCAUGUAAUCUUGCAUCUGCAAUGCAAAUGUUGACCAUGAUGUAUGUUAAUAUGGAGGCUAGUCACCAAAGACCAAAUCCUGCAGUCUUAUUCAGCAAUUUAUUUGGGAACUCUGACUGAGUUAGGCCUGCAGGAUGUAAUUAUCUGGUUAGUUGUUUCUUUUGAAGUGGCGCAUUCUCAUGAAAUCACAAAACAGCACAUGCUAAUAUUCAGGGCUGUGUGUGAAGUAUUUCUGAGUGCACAGUGGAUGCUCAGUUUGCAAAGAGUCACUGCACUUGUAUCUAACUAAAUGCUUUGUAUAGCAUCGGGGAUCCCUUGAGUAUCAAAGGCAGCAAAACCAAAUCCUGUUUUGUCCUUUAAAGUGUGCAGUGGA